AUAACCCAUAAGAAACGUCAUGAACAACUAAGCAAAGAAAAAAAAGGACGAAAAGGAAUCAAAACCUGGAAUAUUCAGCUACCUCUUAUAAAGCUACCCUUUCUUUCUUUUUCUUUCUAUUCACAACCAAACAAAGGCCAUAUUAACAUAAGUGGUGAAAAUAAAAGAUUCGUUGGUGUUCAACUAUAUUAUGCGACGGUCCGACUUUGAUACUUUGCUCUCUACAACUUAAAACCACAAAAUUUUAAAAAUUUUUGAAGUUUAUUCUUUCGAUUCUACUUAGAUCCCUUUAUUUUCCUCUUUACUUUCAACCCCACCAUUUUUGGGUUUUUUUUCUUCAUAAUUUUAGCCUUAAAAACAAGCUUACUGGACUCCAUUUUUAAACCAAAAUGAUGGAUUUUAGAGAUAAUUUGGAAAAAAGUCAACAAUAUAUCAAUGCUUUAGAAGAAGAGAGGAAAAAAAUUCAAGUUUUUCAACGUGAACUCCCUCUUUGUGUUGAACUUGUUUCUCAAGCAAUAGAAGCAUGUAAGCAACAAUUGUGUGAGGCAACAACAGUUACAACACCAACAACAGAGUGUAUGAAUGGUCAUUCUGAAUGCUCUGAACAAACAACAAGUGAUGGUCCUAUUUUGGAAGAAUUUAUCCCUAUUAAAAGGAGUAAUUCUAUAGAUGAUGAUGAGGAUGAACAUGAAUCAGAUAAAUCAUUAAACAACAAUCUAGAUAAUCUUAAUGAGAAAUCUGGGAAAAAAUCUGAUUGGCUUAGAUCUGUUCAGUUAUGGAACCAAACCCCAGAUCCAACCACUCCAAAACAGGAUGAACAACCAAAAAAAGUGGUAGUAAUAGAAGUGAAGAGGAAUGGUAAUGGAGGUGCAUUUCAUCCAUUUGAGAAAGAGAAGAACAUAAACAAUGGAAAUAGAAAUGAAAACAAUAAACAGACUAAUAUUUCAACAUGUUCAAGUGCACAAACACCUGAUAGCAGUAAUGGUGCUAAUAAAAAGGAAAAAGAAGGACAAAGAAAAUCUAGGAGAUGUUGGUCUCCUGAAUUGCAUAGGAGAUUUGUACAUGCCCUUCAGCAACUUGGUGGUUCUCAUGUUGCUACUCCUAAACAAAUUAGGGAAUUGAUGAAGGUUGAUGGACUUACUAAUGAUGAAGUUAAAAGCCAUUUACAGAAAUAUCGUCUACAUACAAGAAGACCAAGUUCAGGCAUUACCAAUAAUGCGAUAGCCAACCCUCAAGCUCCACAAUUCGUAGUAGUGGGCGGCAUUUGGGUGCCGCCGCAAGAAUAUGCCGCAGGGGAUACUGCCGCACCGAGUGGCAUAUACGCCCCGAUAGCAACCAUGGCCACACCACCCACAAUGCACCAACAAACAUCGGCACAUAGCCAACAACAGACUCAUUCCAGGAGCAAUUCUCCUGCAACAUCGUCUUCUACUCAUACAUCUUCGGCUUCUCAUACACAUUAGUGUUGUUUUUCAUAGUGGACAAAAAUUUGUUGCUAGAGAUUUUGUAUCGAUUUUUUUUAUUAUUCCUGGGAAAUAAAUUAAAUUUGAUGUAAUAUUUUGUAUGAUGAGGAAAUUAUAUGGUAGAAUAACGAGACAGAUAAGGAUAAGUGGAGUUAAAUUUUUUCUACGAUCUUGAAGUAUAUCCUUUGUUUUUGUUGAUAGUUUGUGUUGAUGCAUUUCGGGAAUAAUCGUA